CGCCCCUCGCCUCUCGCCUGCCUGAGCUGAUCCAACCUAACCUAACGAGAAUCACGGGCCAGCGCAGCAUCACGCAGCUUCACGCAGCAUCACGCAGCAUCACCGCCCCCACCCGAAAGUGUAGUGUGCAUACCGCAUACCCGAGCGGCCCUUCACGCCGCAUGCCCACAAAAAGGCCAGCAUGAGCCUGACCUCGAAUCCGCCGUCAACCGGGGGCCAACCCUCCUCGGCCUCAAAUGCUCAGAGGACCCAAACCUUAAAACGCAGUGUCCAGCAAGCCUUUGAUGGUAAUCCAACCCCUAUCUCCCUUCACCUUGGGUUCAGCCUCCUCUUUUCCACAUCCACAAUGGUUUCAUAAAUCGGAUAAAAAAUAUUACUUAUUUUGCAUCCGGAGAUCUGGUCUUCGGAUAUUCUAUCUACCUACCUUCGACCUCCUCCCCGAGGGAAGCAUCAAAGCAUGUUUCCCUCACGACGACCUCCAUUUCACCCGGCUGAUCGAGGAAUCGGUCCUAAUGUCGGCUACCAGAGCAAAGUCCGCGUCAUCGACCGCUACAAGGUCAUCGGCUUCAUCAGUUCAGGGACCUAUGGACGGGUCUACAAAGCAGUCGGCCGUCAUGGCCAGACGGGAGAAUUCGCCAUCAAGAAAUUCAAGCCUGACAAGGAGGGCGAGCAAAUCCAAUACACCGGCAUCUCCCAGUCCGCCGUCCGGGAAAUGGCCCUUUGCUCAGAGCUGAGUCACACGAAUGUAAUCAAGCUCAUCGAGAUCAUCCUGGAAGACAAGUGCAUCUUCAUGGUCUUCGAGUACGCGGAGCACGACCUCCUGCAAAUCAUCCAUCACCACACGCAACCAACACGGCAUCCCAUCCCACCAAGCACCGUCAAAAGCAUCAUGUUCCAACUGCUCAACGGCUGCCAAUACCUACAUUCAAACUGGGUUCUCCACCGGGACCUGAAACCCGCGAACAUCAUGGUGACUUCUUCAGGUGAGGUCAAAAUCGGUGAUCUCGGGCUCGCCCGUCUGUUCAACAAACCCUUGCACUCUCUCUUCUCAGGCGACAAAGUCGUCGUGACAAUCUGGUACCGCGCCCCAGAACUUCUGCUCGGCUCGAGACAUUACACCCCGGCGAUAGACAUGUGGGCCGUCGGCUGCAUCUUCGCAGAACUUCUCAGUCUCCGCCCAAUCUUCAAAGGCGAAGAAGCGAAAAUGGACUCCAAGAAAACAGUCCCCUUCCAACGAAACCAGAUGCAGAAGAUCGUCGAAAUCAUGGGUCUCCCUACCAAGGAAAAAUGGCCCCACCUCGCCAAUAUGCCCGAAUCCUCACAGUUGAGCACGCUCUCAAGCUCCACACAUCCCAAGUCGGGAAGUAAUCUGGAGAAGUGGUACUACAGCACUCUCAACUCGCACUCCGCAACCUCCGUUCCCUCUUCCAACUCCUCUCUUGGCGCAGAGGGCUACCGUCUCCUCAGCGGACUCCUCGAGUACGAUCCCGAGAAACGCCUCACUGCGCAACAAGCUCUCCAACACCCGUUCUUCAGUACGGGAGAUAAGGUGAGCGGGAAUUGCUUUGAGGGGCUGGGCGGCAAGAUGGAGUAUCCGCAUCGCAGAGUCAGUCAGGAUGAUAACGACAUCCGGACGAGCAGCCUGCCGGGCACGAAGAGGAGUGGGUUACCCGAUGAUUCGAGGCCGGUUAAGAGAUUGAAGGAGUGAGCUGCGGGCAAAUGAGCAGCAUGAUGUUAGAACAAUCACGACCUCUUGCAUUUCAUCGGAACAUUUACACGGGAUCCUGCAUAUGGAAGACACGACGUUUCUUACACCGACGGCUUGCUGCAACUCUGACUGGAAAAAG